GUUUUAUUUUUAAUAGCGGUAUCACUAAAUGAGUGAGCGAACUCAACGAAUCAUUCGAAUGAACGAAUUUUCGGCUGGCUGGAGGGGCGAAACCGGUCGUCCACCUCGUCUCGUUCACAUUCGAAUCAAUCUCGCUCGCUCGCUCGCGGGGAGCGCCGUGACUUUUUUAUAGUCGCCGCAAACUCAUCGACCGUUCCGAUCGAGUCGCGGCAGUCGCGUCCCGAAACAAAGGAUUCCCUUCAAAAACAUGUAAAUUGUGACACAAAGCACGCAUAUAAUACAGUCUAGUGUCCCAACAGUCCUUAACAAAUAGAUUUGGGGCUGUAAAUAGUCUUCCCAUCGUCGGAACGGGGCGUACGAUAUUGAUAUCGACCUAGUGCGCUAGUGUUUAUGUUUAGUAAAGUGCUGGGUAUCUUUCGGUGUUUGUUUUGCAAACAGUGAGAUAAAAGUAUUACCAGUUAGUUCGGUUAUGUAGUGUUGUUGUGCCGAAGAUGUCAGUGAGGAUGUGGGUGUUGGCGUUGGUGGCGCUGGCGAGUGCGGAGAAGCCAGCCGGGGAGUCUUUUCUGAGCGACAUCAGCCGCACGCUGCGCUCGGAGAUGGACAACGUGCUGAAAAUGGCGGAUGUGGUCUACUCCCGGCCCGAUAUCAACACGACGUACGUGGCCAGCGUGGAGUUCGAUAUGAGAGCCAUGGGGCCGCUGUACAACCACACGGGGGUCGUCAUCGACGUCAUUGCCAACAAGCAGGCCUACCCUGAAGGAAUCGUGUCAGUGUCAGACGGGCACCUCGACAUCGCGAGUCCUCAAGAAAACUGGCGCGUGCUACUCGCACACUAUGCGGGGCCUACAGCGUUCGUUGUUGUCGCCGUCCUACUGGCCGCCGCGCUGCCUCUCGCCGGACUGUUCUGGUGCUGUUGCUACUGGUGCCGCUCUGGUCGACGGAGGCGAACAUUCGACCGCAAAUACGACGCGUGCCUCAAGGGCCUGCUCGCUAUAGUGCUCAUCGGGUUGCUCACACUUUUCUUGUUCGGAGUAGUCUGCGCGUUCGCGACCGACGAACAACUCGAUCGAAGCGCCAGCGAAGCACCCAACGCUGUCCGCUCCGGCAUCAAGGACACGAAGGCUUACCUCAACGCCACACAAGCCCACGUUCGGUGGUUGCUCGUCAACAACUAUGCCGAACUCGAGCGGACACUUGACAACCUCCUUACAAAUAGCGGCACGACGGUAUCAAGAAAGCUUGGUGAAUUCUCGCAUGCUGUGUCUGUCACUACACUUUACAAUAUGGUGCAACAACUGGACACAGUGCAAGCAGAUCUGAAAAGCGUCCACAACAUCACAUCUAUGCUGCGGAACAACGCUGAACUGCUCAACUCUGGUCUACGCAAAGUAAAGGCUCAACUGCUUCAGACCCUGGCCAAGUGCGAACAGCCGCAGUGCAUCCGUCUGCAGGAGAAAUACAAGAUAGGACAACUCGACACCGAGAUACAGUACAGCCAGAUGCCGGACGUCUCCGAACUGUUGAACAAUGUGACGGAGCUCCUGGACAGCCAUAUUAAGGCAGACGUCGAGGAAGGACAGCAGGUUUUCGCCAACAUCCAGGCCGGCAUCCAGCGCUCCGUGGACGACCACAUCCCUAAUGUGAAAGAAGCCCUCGCUGAGACCGGACGCAAGCUCAAAAGCAUGGCGGACCGCGUAACAGCCCUCUCUAACAACGCAUCCGCAAAAAUACAAGAGCACAGCGCAGGCGUCGCGGAUCACGUGCAAGAAUACUACGAAGCGUACGGCCCGUACCGCCGCCACGCGGGCCGGGCGGCCGCCGCUUCUCUGUUACUGAUCACGUGCCUGGUGGCGUGGGGACUGGUGUGCGGCGUGUGCGGCAAGCGGCCCGACGUGUACGGCGCCAGCGACUGCUGCAACAAGGGCGCGGGCUCGCGCUGUCUCCUAUGCGGAAUGGGUGUGAUGUUCAUAGUGGGCGGGGUGGUGUCCCUCGUCAUGGCGAUCUACUUCGUGGUCGGCGUCAGCUCGCAGCGUUUCCUCUGCGAUCCACUCACCCAACCUCAAGGCAACCGCUUGUUUGAGGAGCUGGAUCGCUUCGUGGACCUGGAGAACUUCAUGUUCAACGAACGUCGUGAUCCUGACUUCAACCUGUCGCGGGUUCUAACCUACUGCCAUAGGAACCAGAGUCUUAUGCAGACACUCCAACUGUACCGCCUCAUUGACUUAGAAUCCCUCAAAGCACAAGCAUCACAAGCGGUAGACCGCAAAGCAGCCGCCCUGAGACCGACGUUCCCCGGCCACGACCGACCCGUCACCAUCCUCAAGCCACAAGCCAAGCUCAAGCUGACUAGGCUGGCCGAAUCGGGAUUGUCGGACUUCGACUUUGAUCGCAUACUUCACGCUCUGGAAACCAACAUGACGAACCUCUCUCUGGACACAUUAGCGACGCAACUCGACGCAACAGCUAACUCGCUCGUCGACCGCUCUGGCUUCGUGCGAGUUUCCAUCGAGUUACGAGACGCGGCGGUGAUGUUGACGGCGUAUCAUACUAACAUCGUCACACCCAUGCUCGAACACACGCGGCAGCUGAACGUGACGGCAACGAGGCUGCGUGACGGUUUACGCUUUAACCACUCCUCACUGAAGGAGGCCAUCGGGUACCUCAUACACGAGACGUCACAGGCAGAGACCUUCCUGAACCGACAGGGGCUGGAUGUCAUACAAACUCUAAUCCAAGACUUCGCGAAGGUGGUAGCUCAGAGACUGAACGAGUAUCUAGACAUGGUGCUGCACGCGGCCGAGCACGAGGUGGGCUUCUGCGCGCCCAUGUCCAACGCCUUCAACGCCACCAGGGACGCGGCUUGCAAGAAAAUACUCAUGCCCGUGAACGGGUACUGGAUGGCGCUGUCGUGGUGCGUGGUGCUGUUCGUGCCGCUGAUGGUGGUGGCGCAGCGCCUGGCGCGGCUGUACCGCCACGUCGACCCCUACCCCGGCCCGCUCGUCGAGGCCGAGUAUUUGUAUGACGCGUUCGCGGACCGCGAUAACGUACCCCUUGCCAACGCCUACAAGGCAGAGAAGCGCGCGGGGCGAGACGCGCGGCGCGGGGCCGGCGGGGGUGGGGCCGGGGGGGCCGGCGGGGGCGGCGGGGCCGGGGGCGCGCGGGAGGAGGCGCGCGGCGCCGCGCUGGCCGCGCCCCUCGACGCACACCACGCGCGCAGAUAUAAUGAUAUGGCGCCAAAGCACUGGGAAGAAGGCCCACCCCGCUACCACGGACCCACUGAGUACGAGCGGCCCCCUCCCUACUACUAUCCCGGACCAAAUGAUAGACAGUAAACUGGCCCUCACGGAACUAGACGACGACCUGCUGAAAUACUGAGACCGCUCCGCGCGGACCUGAGAACAGAAAGGUUAUAACUACCACAAAUGAUGUAGAGCGAUUUGAACUCUAUGCGGUUCGCGCAAGACUCAAUUUAAAACGAAAAUUGUUGAAGAGCCGUUGAGGUUCUUGAGACGAUACGUAAAGAGUAUUUUUCCAAUGUAGCCAAGCCUUGAGAUUACUUAUAUCGAUAUUAUUACCUUUGACAAGUGACAUAUUAAUUAAUUAUGCAAUGAUAACAUAUUUGAUAAGAAUGAUAAUUCGGAAGGCAGGAGUCGGACCAAGCUAACUGUGCAUGGCAUUUGCAAUGACAGAGUGUGCCAGUGUCAUCAUUAAUGUCAAAUUUCUAUGAAAAUAUGCCACACUUUCUUCUGUUCAUAAUUGCAAAAAAAGCUUAGACGGUCUAACUUCUAUAUUUAUACCCAAUGGUGGCAAACAAACCUUCUGCCAGUCUAAUUUGACUACAAUGUGAAUAAGGUAAUAAUAUAGAUAUUUAGAAUGGCAUUCCACAUAGGUCUCCCUUAAGGGGAUGUCCCCAUAGUUAGUUGUUGCAAGAUCUUCGUCUAUAGGGUAAAUAUUGAAAUCGUAAGUAGUACUGUACCUUAAGUGAUGUUCAUACACAACAUUAAAGAUUUUAGGCCGACAUAGACGGAUCAAUUUGUUAUAUAAGUUAAUAUCAGUCUCACUUUUAUGUCAUAGACGAUAAAGAUCCUUAUUAAUAGAUGACAAAAAGUGACAAGUAACACUUUGCAAAAUCAGGUUUAACAAAAAAAAAAAGAAAAAACUCAUUUUAUGUGAUAAGUGAACCAAUAUCAUUUACUAUUUAUAUACAAAUACAUUCAAAAAAUUGAAAAAAAAACAAGUAACAAUUUUUUUUUGACUAUAUUUAUCUAAACUCAUAUUAUUUUUCAUUCUUUUGGCCUCAGAAAUGCGUGGUUAAAAUCUUUCGGGUUCCUUGUACUUACAUAUAUUGUGCAAAUUAUUGGCCCGUCUGUAACCAGCCUGAAGUUUUUACUGUUGUGUCACGGACAAGUCUGCCAACUACUAUGUGAUGGUCAGAACUUUAAUUAUACAACAUUAGUGUUAACGAGUCGGUCCGUCUAGCCGGAGUCUCACAGUAACUGCCAUAAAUUGACUGUCUUUUAGUAUUUUUUACCGUUUGAGAAGGCUUUAAUUUCUAACGAAAUGCGCAUAACUUGAUACUUAAAAUGGUGCGUUCACACUUCGAUAUUUUUAUUUUGUGUUCAUAGUAUAUAUAUAUGUUUAUAACGGCCUCCUAGCCUAGUCGGUAGUGACCCUGCCUACGAAGCAGGAGGUCCCGGGUUCGAAUCCUGGUAAGGGCAUUUAUUUGUGUGUUCAUCACAAAUAUUUGUACCUGAGUUAUGGAUGUUUCCUAUUUAUUUAAGUAUUUAAAUAUUAUAUAUAUCGUUGUCUAAGUACCCACAACACAAGCCUUCUUGAGCUUACUGUGGGACUUAGUCAAUCUGUGUAAGAAUGUCCUAUAAUAUUUUU